UGUGAGAGAGUGCAUGUGUGUAUAUAUGGUAUACUGUAGCUUGCAACUUCCUGACUUCUUCUGUCCUAUUCUAAGGAACAUUCAUUUCAUUCUACUGAUUUGGACAAACCGUGCAAAGAUGGGGUGUUCGUUUGGGGUCCUUCUGCUUCUCCUGUGUGGUAAGUGCAUGUUUAAGACAGUUGCAUGUCUAAAGGAUGCCAAAUCUAAAUUUUCUAAUACCUCAGUACAGAAGAAGAAUUUCGUUGGUCUGUUUUAACAUUUUAGCAACCAAGAUUCACGCAUGUUCUUUUCUUUUCUUUUUAAAAUUAUUUUUAUUAAGAUUUUACAACAAGUUUUAGCAUAAUCAAAAAUUCAAAUUACAUUUUCAGUUAACACCCACCCCCUAACUUUCCCCAGCUUCCCUUUCUGGUUUAUAGCAUAUUUACUUCUUCUGCUUAUAAUUUUAUAUGCCUUAUGUACUAAAAUUAAAGUUGUACCUCAUCAAUCUGUUCUUAACAUUUUAACUUCAUUUUUCUAUUUUCUAUUUCUAUUUGUCCAUUGUAAGUGUAUUAUUUGAAUCCUGCAAGUGAGUUCAUUUCAAUGCAUUGUUUCUGUGUAUACAUCAUAAUAGGUUCCCAAUCUUUUUUGAAGUCAUUGUUGUCCUUAUCUUUGAGUCUCUCAGUUAGCUUCGUCAUUUCAGUGUAUUCCAUCAACUUUUCUUGCCAUUGCUCUUUCACAUAUGUUAUUUUCAAGGAUAGACACUAUACUUGUAAUGACAUGAACUGUUCUCAUGUACACUAUUAUUCUGUAGAUUUUAGCAAGUGGUUAGACUGUAGACCAGCAUUCCUGAAACUGUAGGGCUUCUCUGCAUUAUAGGAGGAACACAUGAACCUAAAAGGAACCAGGGAGGGGUGAUGAAAGAAAAGUUAGGGGAAGAAAAUGCAAAUUAAAUGUAUGGGGGUCAGGGAGAGGAAUUGACAGAAGAUCAGUAAAAAGAAUUUUCAGGGUGGCAAACCUGAAAUGAAAAAUCCUUCUAAAACCAGAUCACCCAAUUCUGCCUGAAGUGGUGAAGGCAAAUGAAAAUAGUUCCAGAGCUAAUGUCUUGUGCUUAGUCUGAUGAAAGCUGAACUAUGGAACUCCCUGCCUCAAGGAAAUCACUGUGGUGUAGGUGAUGUGUGAUUUUUGAGCUUGUGUGUAUGCUAUUUCCAAAAGAGGGUUUAGAUAGGGAUGUUGCUCAUUGCCAGCUGAUGAGCAAAAAACAUCACCCCCACACCCUUUCAGUGCCAUUUUGUGACUGGCAAGCCCUUGUCAUUUUAAGCUCCUUUAGGUGGGCCAGAAAUUCUGCAAAGCUCUGCUUUCAAUCCAUGCAAAGUUCAGGCUGAGCAGUGCAACAAAACAGGAGCACUGGGAUUUCCCUUCCCUAUGAGGAAAGGUUGCAGCGCUUGGGACGUCUUAGUUCAGAGACAAAGCGAGUGGUACAUGACAUGAUAGAAGCAUGUACAAUUUUGCAUGGCAAGGGGAAAGCGGAUAGAGAAAAGUUUUCCUCCUUCUCUCCUAACACCAGAAUGGUGAAGCUGAAAGUUGGAGGAUUUGGGACAGAUAAAAGAAAGUUCUUCAUGCAGCGCAGUGUUAAACCACAGAACUCCUUCCAACAGGAAGCAGUCUUGGCCACCAGCUUGGAUGUCAGUUUCCCAUUGGGGCAUCUGCCUGGCCACUGUGAGGACAGGAUGCUGGUUAGUGGACCCCCUUUGGCCUGAUUUGGCUAAAGGUUCUUCUUAGGUUCUCAGGCAGGCUUCUUGCUUCCAGCUCUCUCCUUAGGAAGCAGCAACCUGAUCCAGUUUGCGGAUAUGGUCCGUCAGCUGACGGGAAGGCUGCCCUCUCUCUUUUACAAUGGGUACGGAUGUUACUGUGGACUUGGAGGAUCCAGAAAGCCCAUGGAUGAAACUGACUGGUGAGCGGGACUCUCGCUGAGAACAAGGGGUGAGGCAGAAAUGGGAUUCCGUUCUUUGCAUUUAAAGGCAAACCUACCUAAUUUGCACUCCCUGAAAUGAAACACAAACGGAAAUGCAGCCAUUUUGAAAUUUGCACUUUGAUCAAAUUUGCAGUGCCGUCCUUCAUACUAGUAAUGCAUUCAAAUAUGCAUGGGGGGAGUAUACCAAAUAGCAUACCAAAAUGCAUCAUUUGUGGGGAAAUUGAAGCACUUGCCGCCAACUCAUGCUUUGGGGAUGCUGAUGAGGACUCUUAAGUUUUCUUCUUGUUUGGCAAUCACUCAUAACUAAGUAAGAUUGUCUUAACAGUGAGUUAAGUGACUGUGGAGGCCAAUUCUGGAUCCACACAUCCUUCCACAGUGGGGACAUAGGUUUCUGGGCUAGAGUUGAUCAUGGUGAGGGAUUGCCAAGUGUGCCUUCCUCGUUGCUCGUUUCUCCCUUUUGUCCUGAGUUCGAGCAUCUUCAAAGUCCAUGACACCUUUGGUAAAGGCUGUUCUCCAAUUGGAGUGCCCACAGACCAGUGUUUCCCAAUUGUUGGAGCAGGUGGUGCUGUGGGCUAAACCACUAAGCCUCUUGGGCUUGUUGAUCGGUAGUUUGGGGGUUCGAAUCCCCACGAUGGGGUGAGCUCCCGUUGCUCUGCCCUAGCUUCUGCCAACCUAGCAGUUCAAAAACACACCCGUGCAAGUAGAUAAAUAGGUACUGCUGCUGCGUUUUGGUGUGCUCUGGCUUCUGUCACGGUCCUCCGUGCUCCAGUAGUGGUUUAGUCAUGCUGGCCACAUGACCCAGAAAGCUGUCUAUGGACAAACGCCGGCUCCCUUGUCCUGAAAAGCGAGAUGAGCGCCACACCUGCCACAUCCUCUGUGAAAAUCAGUCUGGAUUAUGGGGGCAUCAUCCAGACUGAUCCCACCCCCCAAAAAACCCUCUACAGUGUGAAUAAUAAUGUACCUAAUCUCUCUGUCUUAAUUGUCUUCCUUCUUACUUGAAGUAAUCGAUUUGAUCUGUGCUGCUUCCAGGUGCUGCCAUACCCACGAUUGUUGCUAUGGAAAGAUGGAAAAACUGGGUUGCAAACCCAAACUAGAGCUUUAUACCUACUUUGUCGGGAAGAGCAGAAUCGUGUGUGGUAUGUGUGAACAUGGAGUAUGUUUGGGGUGGCUGCAGAUACUUGGAUGAGAGCUAGAGAUGGGUGAGAAAACCAAUUCACUCCUGGGCUUCUCUGCCGGCUGUUAGAAGCUGACUGCCAAGCUGAAAAGGGUUCCCCACCUCCCUGCUUCAAGGAAAGGUGUGGCAAAGAAUUAGGAAGUUAACUAAAUAAGGUAACUAAAGCAAGCAAACAAAAAGCAAACAUGCAGGCACAAAGUCAACAAGGAUGUGGGGGCUUUUCAGUGUAUGGGCAGAAGUCAUGGGUAUGUCUAAAGUGCAGUUGUCACAGACUGGUUGGAUGCAGAGGAAUGUUUGGAGGUACCAGCUGGGGAACCCCCAGGGGAAGAAAGCUCAGAGCCAGGGGAUUGGUGGUGGGACAAUGAUGAGUUGUCAGAGGGAGAUGACUGGGAAGAGGAAGUGUCAAAAACUGAAGAGGUAACGGGGCUUAGUGAGCAGGGGGAGUCUGCGGCAGAGAGCAGUCCAGAAUCAGAGCUAAAAGCUGCAGCAGGAGAAGGGGAUGAGGGAGGCCAAUAGGCAGAGAGGAGUCAGGCUGGUGAAGAAGCACGGGUGUUUCCUCCUGCUGCUGUGACAAGUUCCUCUCCUCUCUGGUCUUCCAGAACCAGGAGAGGCACAAAGUGAGAGGAGCAAAGGCAGGCACACUGGCAGAGUCUCAGAUUGCUUGGGGGAAAACCCUGGAGAGGAGGAGACUUAGGCAGCUGUGGAUGGCAGGGACUUUCAGUCUCCACAACGGCCUCAUAGGAGCAAGACCUGCUGCUGUGCUCAUUAGGCCUGGCAUCCCUGUGCAGAUCCUGAUUUUCUAAUUAAAAGUUAACUUUUCUUGCUGUGUGUUAUUUACUGCUGGCUCGCUCCUGACAGCAAUGAGCUCUGGGAAAAGGUAUGUUGAGGCCAAGGGGGCACAGUUGGAAAUGGUAAGAGACGCAAAGAGACAAGUGGAUAAGUCCCACUCCUGGGAUGUGCAGAUCUAUCUCAACUUUUGGCUCUUUUGUCUUCCAGGUGGAAGGACAAUGUGCCAGAAGAUGACCUGCGAGUGUGAUAAAGUAGCCAGCUUCUGUUUCCAAAAAGCCGCCUAUCACAUCAAAUAUGCCUUUUACCUAAACAUUCUAUGUAGAGGCUCCACGCCUCCUUGCUAGGAUCCCGGAAAGUCUGCUUUCUCAACUGCCUUCCUGAAGGUGGUGCAGUUAAACAUAUCCUCUUGCUGAAUGUUUAUUUCAUCCCAUCAUUUCUUAGAGUCAACCUUGCAGCGCCAUUGUCAUCACCUGACACACUUGAGAUGCCGUGGGGGCCUCAACAACUGGGCAGGCUGCACCACUCCUACCUCUCCUGGGCCUCCAGUACCUGGCAACUUGGUCUGGGAGACGCUUGCCAUUUUUAUUUCCCACAAUGCCCUUAGUGUCGUGUCACUCCAGGGCAUUGUUGGAAAUUUCAAGGACGGCUUCUCCACCUCAAGUGAGGCCCCCUCAGACUUGGAAUUGACUCUACCACCUGAUCUGGCCUCAGCCCCAAACUCGUUUUUCAAGUGACUUAAUGAUGAAUUGUUUGUUCUUAUAAAUGCUUGUAAGCCACCCUGAGAUCUAUAGUGGAUGAUGGGCAGUUGAGAAGCUGCAGACAUGAGUAAAU